AUGGGACCCCAGCAUCACUCCAAACUGCCAUCAGAGCAGGCUCCUCACAACAUCAGAGAGAGCCUGAGAGAUGGGACUGAAGUGAAGCUCGAGGCCUCUGACCUGAAAGAGCUGGAGCAAUAUUUCACUGCUCUGGAGGAAAGCCGUAGAAACCUGCAGGAACUCCUGCAGGACCAGGAAGAGCAGCAUGCCAUGGAGCUGAGGGCUCUGGAGAGGGAGCGUGAGCAGGAGAGAGCUGAGUGGGAGAGAGAGAGGGUGGAGAGAGAGGAGGCCCUGCUGACCACUAUACUCUCUGUGGCCGUCAGCAGGCAGAAGCUCAUCAAGGAGCUUAGGAGCCAACCAGCUACUCUGGUGAGUACCAAACCCCUGGGUGGCACUGCCCUGAGAAGUUCUAGAAAGUUCUGGUUCUUCAAAAAGCACCAGGCCAUCACUGACGUUGCUCCUCAGGACGCUCCCAGCAGCAGUGCCUGCAAACACAUGGAAGCGGAUCAGCUGGACCUGAAGCAGCUCAUGGAGCUGGAGAAGAGGGUCAGAGAGGCUGAGAGGAAGAAACAUCAGAAGGCUCUGGCCAAGGCUCAGAAGAAGGCCAGGAAGGCAGAGAAGCAGAACAAGGCUAAGAAGACCCAGGAUGACGACCAAGUGAAGGAUAGCAAGCCCAAGAAGAGAUACUGGCAGCGCUCCAUUUUCACCCUGGGCUGUGCAGCUUCAUCGGUUGAAGACUGACCAAGCCUCU